UGACUGAGAGCUGUGGUAUAAAGUGUUAACUUGAUACGAUAAAAUGCUCUUUCCUAACUUGUGAAAAGAAGGAUCUUAAAGUAAAUAAUUCUACACCACAUGAAUUUAUAGACAAUUACGUAAUAAAACUCAAACUUACUGUAAAAGAGUGCCCUAAGUAUCAGACAGGCUUUAACAGGGAAAUCAGAAGUUUCUAUAGAUUUUCUUUUGGGCACAUGGAAAUGUCUACCACGAGGAGGAAUUUUCACCAGGAAUUGUGUGUGAUUACUUGCUACGGUUUCAGGCACUAGAUUUUUCUCCCUGAAGAGGGGACCAGUGAUGUCUGUGGUACAUCGUCUGAGGGCAGGAUGGCUCCUGGAUCACCUCUCUUUCAUCAACCAGUGUGGCUAUGAGAUCUGUGACUCCCUUGCAUACCCUGGUGGUGUCACCCUACGUACUUCCGUCACUUCUGAAUAUCAUGCUACUUCUACAUUUGCUGCCACCUCCUCAAGAGAUGGUCCUCGUCUUGGAGAUGCUGUAGAAGAAACAGAAGGUAAAACAGCUAAAACAAGAUACGUGUUUCGGGAGGAAUUCUUUGAUAUUACUAAGCCCCAUAUAGCUGCAGCUCCUGAGCAGCAGCUGUUGCAGGGAGGCCCAGAGGUGAGUCUCACAGAAAUAAAGGCCAGCAGCAGUGCAGAGGAACACCGAGAAGAAACCAAGAGUGGUGGUGAAGAUUCUGUUGCUGGCGUUAGGAAGCAGAAGCGUAAAAGGAAAUGUGUAUUCAACCAAGGUGAACUGGAUGCCUUAGAAUAUCAUACAAAGAUCAGGAAGCUCAUUUGGGAAGGCACUUUGCAUUUAGUCCAAGAAGGACUCAAAAGUGGUUUUCUUCACCAUGCUACUACAGAACUCAGUUGCGGAAAGAAUGUUGUUCCUGGACACAUUGGCUGUGGGUUGGCUGAAUUAUGUGAAAUGGCAAAGCAGUUUCCAGCUGUAAAUGACAAUGACCAUCGAGCUGUGCAUGUGCUAGAUGAUGAAACCUCCAUUCUAGAGCAGGACCUGCUUUCGUGUGUUACAGAGAAUAACUCAAACUGUGCAAAGAUAGUUGUGUUAAUGGGGCAGAAGUACUUGGUGCCACCAAAAAGCAGUUUCCUUUUAUCUGAUAUUUCACGUUUACAGCCCCUGCUGAACUACAAGAAAAAAUACGAUGUAAUAGUGAUUGAUCCACCAUGGGAGAACAAAUCUGUUAAAAGGAGUAACAGAUACAGCCACUUGUCUUCAUGGCAAAUCAAGCAGAUUCCUGUAGCAGCACUGGCUGCGCCAGAUUGUCUUAUCGUCACGUGGGUGACUAACAGACAGAAGCACUUGCGUUUUGUUAAGGAUGAACUUUAUCCUCAUUGGUCCGUGAAAACGCUUGCUGAGUGGCACUGGGUAAAAAUUACCAGAUCUGGAGAAUUUGUUUUACCCUUGGAUUCUUUCCACAAAAAGCCAUACGAAGUUCUUAUACUGGGGAGAGUUCAAGGAAGCGUAAAGGAAGCCCUAAGGAAAUCUGAAGAUGUACUUCCAAUUCCAGAACAUAAAUUAAUUGUCAGCAUUCCCUGUGGCCUGCAUUCACAUAAACCCCCUCUUGCUGCAGUUCUGGCAGAGUUUAUCAAACCAGAUGUGGAGUGCUUGGAGUUGUUUGCUCGCAACCUACAGCCUGGCUGGACCAGCUGGGGAAAUGAGGUUCUGAAGUUUCAGCACGUUGAUUAUUUCACUGUUUUGCAGAAUGAAAACUGACUGGGUCUUGUAGCUUAGUUCUCAAAUUCCACUCCUUCCUGGCAGCUUCAAGAACUUGCUUUUCAUAUGGGUAGUGCACUCAGAAGAUAACAGAAAUGAAACUGACUUCACUUCAGUUAAUUUUUGCAGUGA